CUCCAUAAAAAUUAGCAACUUUGUCUCCUACACAAAACAUAACAUAAAAUUGCAGGAUAUGGAAACAAAAAUGGUGAAUCUUGGGAGCUCUCUUAUUGUUCCUUCUGUUCAGGAAUUAGCUAAAGUGCAAACAGAUGUUAUUCCUCCAAGAUACAUACGCCAGGAAUCUGAUAGUGGUGUUUCAGUUAUGGAGAUUCCAGUUGUUGAUAUGCAGAAGCUACUCUCUCAGGAAUCUGAAUUGGACAAACUUCACUAUGCUUGCAGACACUGGGGUUUCUUCCAGCUGGUAAACCAUGAGGUGGAACAUUCACUUCUAGAGAAGAUAAAGAAGGAGGUUAAGGACUUGUUCAACCUCUCAAUGGAAGAAAAGAAAAAGUUUUGGCAAUAUCCAGGAGAAGUAGAGGGUUUUGGGCAAGCCUUUGUUGUAUCUGAGGACCAAAAGCUUGACUGGGGUGAUCUUUUCUUCAUGGUCACCCAACCAAUUCAUGCAAGAAAACCCCAUUUAUUUCCAAACUUCCCUCUUCCUUUGAGAGACACCUUGGAUACUUAUUCAACAGAAGUAAAAAAUUUAGCCAUGGUUAUUCUAGCACAUAUGGCUAAAGCACUACACAUGGAGGCGGACGAAAUGAAAGAGAUUUUUGAAGAUGGACAUCAAUCAAUGAGGAUGAACUAUUACCCUCCAUGUCCUCAACCGGACAAAGUCAUUGGUCUUACACCACAUUCAGAUGCCACUGGUCUCACAAUCCUCCUUCAAGUUAAUGAAGUAGAAGGUCUCCAAAUUAAGAAGGACAAUAAGUGGCUUUCUGUUAAGCCCUUCCCUAAUGCCUUUAUCAUCAAUAUUGGGGACAUUUUAGAGAUUGUGACCAAUGGGACUUACAGUAGCAUUGAGCACAGAGCAACAGUGAAUUCAGAAAAGGAAAGACUCUCAAUUGCGACAUUUUAUGCUCCAAGAUAUAGUGUUGAAAUAGGGCCAGCAUCCAGUUUGAUCACUAAACAAACUCCACAAUUGUUUAAGAGAAUAGGAGUUGAAGAAUAUUUUCAAGGCCUAUUUGCUCGUGAACUCCAUAGCAAAUCUUAUCUUGAAACCCUGAGAAUAGUAGAAUAGUUGCUCAAAAUUCAAUUAUGCUUACUAGACAAAAUAAUCGUCAAAUAUUAUAUCAUAUUUAUAUAUGCAAAAAGUUGGAAUAUAAUUUUUGAAAUGCUUUGAUAA